AUGGCUCUAAAUUCGAUUGUGUACAAUUGCAACUACACCUCUAACGUUAACACUAAAAAGAAGAAGUGGUACUCUGGACUCUUGAAGGCAGUCUGUAACCAUGGUUCAAUAAGCCUUUCUCUAUACGAGUUGAAUGAAUACUCUAACAGCUUCGGAAGACUCGUUGAUACUCUCGAUAUUUUCAAGUCCGAUUUGGACUCUCUUCCAGGACGUGAGUUCAUCACACCUCGAAACAUCAUUGAUGUAAUUGACGUUUUUCAAAAGAAUGAAUUCAUGCUUACAAAUUUCAUUCCUCCUAAACCUGUUAUCAGGACUGGUCUUCAAAAGUUUUCAGCUCCCAGACCCUUUAUGAACAUUCGUACAUCUGAUAGUAAUUCUCACAAAAACAAUACUCCAAAUUUCAGUACUCCAAUUGACAAUCGCAUUAAUACUAUCAAAUGUGAUGAUGACUCAAUAUCAAACACGGGAUUCAAUAGCCCAUAUGAUAUUAAAGCUAACAUGAAUGAGCGCAUGUUAGUUAAGAAAAACAUUGAAAACUUGAAAUUCGACCAUACUUCACCUAUUACUUCUAACAGUUUAGUAGUAGAGGACAUUUUGAAGAACGUCGACUUGAAUCUAAAACAAAUCUAAUUAUUCAUAUCAUAUA